AUGUCCCAAGUCUAUUUUGAUGUCGAAGCUGAUGGCCAACCAAUUGGCCGUGUCGUUUUCAAGUUGUACAACGACAUAGUCCCAAAGACUGCAGAAAACUUCAGAGCUCUAUGUACCGGUGAAAAGGGAUUCGGCUACGCUGGCUCUCCAUUCCACAGAGUUAUUCCAGACUUCAUGUUGCAAGGUGGUGACUUCACUGCUGGUAACGGUACCGGCGGUAAGUCUAUCUACGGUGGCAAAUUCCCAGAUGAAAACUUCAAGAAGCACCACGACAGACCAGGUUUGUUGUCCAUGGCCAACGCCGGUCCAAACACCAACGGUUCUCAAUUCUUCAUCACCACCGUUCCAUGCCCAUGGUUGGACGGUAAGCAUGUUGUCUUUGGUGAAGUUGUUGACGGUUACGACAUCGUUAAGAAGGUUGAGUCCUUGGGUUCUCCUUCCGGUGCCACCAAGGCUAGAAUUGUUGUUGCCAAGUCCGGUGAAUUAUAA